UUUUCAAACGGGAAAGAAAGCAGCAACAGCAGGUUGACAUGCGGGAGUUGGUUCACAUUCAGGGUGGUCAGUGCGGUAACCAGAUCGGUGCCAAGUUCUGGGAGGUCAUCUCGGACGAGCACGGCGUCGACCCCACGGGUUCGUACCACGGCGACUCGGACCUCCAGCUCGAGCGCAUCAACGUUUACUACAACGAAGCCACCGGCGGCCGCUACGUGCCCCGUGCUAUCUUGAUGGACUUGGAGCCGGGUACCAUGGACUCGGUCCGUGCCGGCCCGUAUGGCCAGCUUUUCCGCCCCGACAACUUUGUCUUCGGCCAGACGGGUGCUGGUAACAACUGGGCCAAGGGCCACUACACGGAAGGCGCUGAGCUCAUUGACUCGGUCCUCGACGUUGUCCGCAAGGAAGCCGAGAGCUGCGACUGCCUCCAGGGUUUCCAGAUUACGCACUCGCUCGGUGGUGGUACCGGUUCCGGUAUGGGUACGCUCUUGAUCUCCAAGAUCCGCGAAGAGUACCCCGACCGUAUCAUGUGCACGUACUCGGUCUGCCCGUCGCCAAAGGUCUCGGACACGGUCGUCGAGCCGUACAACGCCACGCUCUCGGUCCACCAGCUCGUCGAAAACGCCGAUGAGGUCAUGUGUCUCGAUAACGAGGCGCUCUACGAUAUUUGCUUCCGCACGCUCAAGCUCACGACGCCCACGUACGGCGACUUGAACCACUUGGUCUGCGCCGCCAUGUCGGGUAUCACGACGUGCCUCCGCUUCCCCGGUCAGUUGAACUCGGAUCUUCGCAAGCUCGCCGUCAACUUGAUCCCGUUCCCGCGUCUCCACUUCUUCAUGAUUGGUUUCGCGCCCUUGACGUCGCGUGGCUCGCAGCAGUACCGCGCGCUCACGGUCCCCGAGCUUACACAGCAGCAGUUUGAUGCCAAGAACAUGAUGUGCGCCGCCGAUCCUCGCCACGGCCGCUACCUCACGGCUGCCUGCAUGUUCCGUGGCCGCAUGUCCACGAAGGAAGUCGAUGAGCAGAUGCUCAACGUCCAGAACAAGAACUCGUCGUACUUCGUCGAGUGGAUCCCGAACAACAUCAAGGCCAGCGUGUGCGACAUCCCGCCGAAGGGCCUUAAGAUGUCGACGACGUUCAUCGGUAACUCGACGGCGAUCCAGGAGAUGUUCAAGCGCGUCUCGGAGCAGUUCACGGCCAUGUUCCGGCGGAAGGCUUUCUUGCAUUGGUACACGGGCGAAGGCAUGGACGAGAUGGAGUUCACGGAAGCCGAGUCCAACAUGAACGAUCUCGUCUCGGAGUACCAGCAGUACCAGGACGCGACGGCCGAGGAAGAAGGCGAGUUCGACGAAGACGAAGAGAUGGACGAAAUGAUGUAGAUGAAAUCAACGAGGUUUCUCUCACUGCAUUGGGUCUCGUAUAUUUACAAGUACAAUACACUGCGCGAAGGGGCCUCGUCCUUUGGCUUUGUUUUUGUCACCAUCUUUAACCACUACAUUGCCUACAC